GACGCGGAGGCGCGAUGGAGGAAGAGGAGAAGGUUAAGGAAGAGAAGAAGGAACAGGAGGUGAAGUUGUCAACAGUGUACCUGGGUUUCUUUCCGACCGCUGUCACAGAAGAAAAACUUGAGGAAGCCCGGCAGAAAUCCCUCCGGCACAUUUUUGGGUCUACCGGGACCUUGCGGUAUAUUAGGAACCCUACGAAAGUUGGGACUUUCGAAGGCAUUUUGCAAAACAGAAUAAAGGAGCACUGCCGGAAAGGCAACAAAUACUUCUUCAAUGGGGAAUGGGAAAAAGCAAUCACCUGCUUUACCAAAGCCUUAAACCUGGAUCCUGGCAAGCUGGAACUGUAUGAGAAGAAGGCAGAAGCUCUUCUCCAGCUCUGCGACUUCCAGUCCGCUGCGAUGCACCUCCGGAAGGCCUACCUCAUGUCCUCGAUGAAGGAGAGCAUUGGAGCCCGCCUUGCCUUCAUUUUCCACCUGCAGGGCCAGUGUCUGUAUGAGCAAAAGAUCUUUGUAGACGCCCUGGAAUCCUUCAUGCGCGCCUCAGAAGUGCAGCCUCAGACGACCCUUUAUCGCAUGAGGAGCGUCGCCUGCCUCGCCGCCCUGAAAAGAUACAACGAUUGUCUUCAGAUGGUCAACGAAGAGGUUGCCCGGGAGAAGACGAACCCCGAUCUCUUUGUCCUGAGGGCUUGGCUCUAUGAAUACUUUGGCAAGGCCACCUUCACUUUCUUCAACCUCCGAGACGCCCUGGCGUUAGAUCCAGAGCACAGCGAAGCGCGGGCCAUGCUGGCUAAGUUGAGGAAGGAGGCGCAGAAAUCCAAGGACGAAGCUGUGAACAAGGCAGUGAAGGGAAACCUGCAGGCCUCCCUGCUCAAAAUCAACCGUGCCAUCGACUACAACCCUGUGGAGGCGAAGUAUUUCCUGUUCAGAGGGAACAUCCUGAGGAGGCUGAAAGACUUCAGCGCUGCCAUCGACGACUACCUCAAGGCCGUGGACCUCUGUCAGGAGGAGGAGGAAGGCAGUGAGGUCCGUGCCGAAGCCCAGAAGCAGGUGCUCCUCACUUACAAUGAUUUCGCCGUGCACUGCUACGCCAGGGGCUGCUACGAGGAGGCGGCGCUGCUCCUCAACAAAGCCAUCAAGGGGGAGAAGAACCAGAAGGAGCUCUACAGCAACCGAGGAGAUUGCUUCCUUAAACUGGGCGAGCUGAACUUUGCGAUGGCAGAUUACCAGCAAGCCUUGGAGCUGAGACCCCUCGACUCCAGGCUGCAGAAACGCGUCGCUCGGCUGCACAACGAAAUGGGGAUGCAGGAGUUCAGGGAGAGGCGAUACCCGCAGGCCGAAGCCUAUUUCUCCCACGCAGUUGAGAAUAACCCCCGUGAGAUGAAGUAUUAUCUGCACCGGGCCAAGAGCCGCAUGUUCCUGCAGGAGAUGAUGGGGGCUAAAGAGGACAUUAUUACAGCCCUGCUCCUCAACCCCAGUAGUCAGGAGGUCCAUGCUCUGGCCCAAAAACUCUUCCCAGGGGAGCCCAUUCUCUCCAUGCCCAACAGUAAAGUUGGCGCUGUUGCCAAAGCUGUUUUGGACCGGAGGCUGGCAGCCUGUCCGGCCUGCGAGGUCUUGGCUCAGCAAGAAAGUCCGGAGCCGCGAGGAACGAAACCGCCCUCCCGAAAUGUGUACGUUGAAAACGAAGACCUCGAGACGGCGGACGAGAACGAGGAGAUGGAGCAGGUUGCUGAAGAGAGGCGGCUGUACCAGAAGCUCACCGCCUGCCAGAAGAAGACUCACGCGGUGGAGCAUGAGCUGAAAGAAGCACGAGAAAAGGGAGCGUCUGUGGGACUGCGCGCUCUGCGGCUGGAUCCGUACCCUCACCUGCCCGAAAAGCAGCGCUCGGGAGAACCUUACCAGUGGAGGAAGUUCGGCCAAGGCAUCGGCCACUUUUAGCCAGAGGACCGGCAUUGCGUUCCGAUGUACGGCUCAGUAAACUCGCCUCC